GCUACUAUCGAGGAGCUGAAAAUCGCGGGAAACGCUUCGUGUUCCAUGGGAUGAAAGAAAGGAGAAUCGAUAAGAUUUUCCAUAUUCAAAAAGAAAAUUCAAUUAAAUUUUCACUGAAAAUUCACUAAUUUCCCGUUUUAUUAAUAUUAUAAUCGUGUAAUUGUCGAUAAUUGGCGAUAUAACCUCAUUUUCGGGGAGCGUUUAUCGUUUAUAUAUUAAUAUAUCAACGCACGCGAGUGUAAAUAACCUCUUUUUUAAUACAAGUGUCGUGUGAUAUAUUAAAAAUACAAUAUAUAAUCGUUAGUGUGGUAUAUUAUAUAUAAAUAUACAUAGGGAAAAAUUGUGCGAGAAAUUUAACAGUAUUAAAUUCAGUGAAAACAAUGCAAUAAAAAAAAACGAAUCUCGUAAUUGUUUCGGGGAGGGAAAUGGAAAGUUGAUAUUAAUAUAUUUGUUUUGGGAAAACAUCAUCGUCUACGGAAGCAAUGAACUCAUUUCCAACACCUGAAUCAUCUCCGGUUAUACAAUUUGAUGCCAUUAACAGCAAUAAUGCCGGGAAUGAAAAGAAGAAUUCAACGAAAAAAGAUGAGAAGAAGAAGUUAUCAAAAUCAUUAUCACCGGGUAAAAGUACAAGUACAAAUAUAAGCGUCAAUGGAAGAAGAAAAUCACUUUUUCCCAAAGUUGUUUUGCCAUUAUUUCCAAAAAUAUCAAACAAGAAAGCUGAAACGAUUGGUGAAAAAAUUGUAUCAAUUAGAAGAAAAUCGGUAUCGAAAAAAAUUGAUACAGAUCCGGAUUUUGUUCCCGAUUUUUCUUCGGAUGAUGAUAGCAGUAUUGAUAAUUAUCCAGUAAAGAAGAAUUCUGAAUUGGGCAAAAAAUCCGAUUUGAAUUCAUCGAAGACAAGUGUGAAAAAUCAAAAAUCACCAAAAAUACAAAAAUCACCGAAAAAUGUAAAAACAUCAAAAAUUGUUGUGGAAAAACAAAAACCAGGAAGAAAAAAGAAGGAAGCAAGUGAAAAGAAAAUUAUUGUCGAAAUUAAAACUAAUAAUGAUGAUAAUGUUGUUGCUGUACCAGCGAAAAAAAUGAAAUUAAAUGAAAAUGAAACGAAUGAAAUAAAAAAAGAGGAAACAUCAUUAUCAGAAAAUAAUAUUGAAGUUUAUUGGAAAAAUGGUGUAAAAUGGGUGCCUGGAAAACUCGCUUGGGCACGUUUUGGAAAUUUUCCCUAUUGGCCUUGUGUCGUUACACUUGAUCCAGAAACAAUGACUUUUCAUCGACUUAUGGCAGCGGCAAAAAAAUCGAUAAGACAUUUAGUUCAUGUACAAUAUUUUGGUGACAAUGAACGUCACAAUUGGGUGUCAGAAAUGAAUAUGUUACCAUUUACCGGUGCCGAUGAUUUUGAAAGAUUUUUGGAAAAAUUACCCGUAAGCAAUAGUAAUUUAGGGAAGAAAAAAAUUCGUGAUCUACGAAUUCCAUUUACCGUUAGUGCAACACUAAAGCCAAAAUGGGAAAUUGGAACAUCGGAGGCGACGGAAAUUUUAAAUAUCACCGAUAAGGCACGCGCUUGUAUUUUUGCACCAGCGCCGCCAAUUCCUAAAAUUCACACAUUAACGCCAUCAACAGUAGCAGCAUCAAUGAAAAAGAAACGAAAACUCUCCAUCAAUGAAUCACAAUCAAUGGUACCGGCAAAAAAAUCCAAACCCAUUCCACGAAUGACACGUUCACAAACGCCAAAAUUACCAAAUUACGAUUCACUUCCAGCAAAAUUAUCAACAUUACGUCGCCGAAGUGUUAUUCCAUCUGUAAAAACAAAUCUCGAUUCAAGUAAAAAAAAUUCAAAACUCAACAAAAGUACCGGUGAUUUAAGUAAAAUUUCUUCAUUCACAAAAAAUUCCACUACAAUUACAACAAAAACAACAAUUGGUAAAUUAAAUGGUAACUUUAGUAAGAGUACUGGAAAUUUAUUAAAAUUAUUUGAUAAUCUUAUAACACCAAAAGUAAAUGGAAAAUUAACAACAACAACAAUAAAAAAUGGCGAAAAAUCAAUUAAAUUAAAUGGCAAAUUUUACAAGAGUUUGAAAUCAUCACAAGUUGACAUUUUCAAUGAUAGUUUAUCACAAACACCACCAACUCCACCAUCAAGUUUAUUAAACAGUUCAUGGGAUGAUAAGAAAAAUUUUGAUAUUGAUUAUGAUUCAAAAUUAUUUGCACUUUGUGAUUCUGAACUUGAAGAUGAAAUAAAAUCAGAACGUUGGAGUGAUGAAAUUCAUUGUCCAGAAGAAGAAGAAGAAAAUGAAUUUCGUAAUCGUUCAAUACCAUCGGAUGCUGAUGUUGAUUCUGAUUUUGAUAAUGAUGUUCUUAAUAAAUCAACGAAAAAACGUAAAAGUCGAAGUAAACGUGACAGUCGCCGCUCGCUCGAUAUUAGUCAAACAAGUAGUAAAAAUAAUAGUAAAACUAGUAAAAAUAAUGAUAAUAGUAAAAUAAAGGACACUAGGGAAAAAGAUAUUAAGGAUAAUAAAAAAAAUAGAGAAAAGAAUAGCAAAGAAAAAAUAGCCAGAGAAAAAGAUAUUAAAGAAAAACUUAAAAUUAAAGACAUCGAUAAGAAUAAAGUGAAGGAAAAAAUGAAAGAAAGGAAAGAGAAGAAAGAAAAUAAGGAAACAAAAGAAAGUAAGGAGAAAUCUUUCAAGGAUAGUAAAGAAGGAAAGGAGAAAUUAAAAGAGAAAAUUCAAGAAAAAGAAAUUAAAUACACUAAGGAUAUUAAAGAGAAUAGUAAAGAAAAUAAUAGUAAAGAUUUAAGUGUCAAUAAUGAUUUUGAUGAUGAUUUUGAAAAAGAAAUCAAAUGGACAAAGCCAAUAAAUUUAUUUAAAGGAAUAAAAACGGAGCGCGUGUGUCAAAUUUGUGAACAAACGGGUAAAUUAGUGAGAUGCAAAGGACCAUGUUAUUCUUAUUAUCACUUGAAAUGUGUUAAACCAGGUGAUUCAAGUUCGGAACAUAGUGAACAUGAGGAUGAUAAUGAUAAUCUUGAGGAUGAAGUAUUUCAGGAUCUAAAGGAGAUAAGAAAGAAAAUUGCCGAGAAGGAAAGUUUCACGGAGAAACUCGAAGUUAAAACAGAAGAAUCAACACCACCGCCACCGCCACCGCUUCCUCCAUUGCCCGAGGAUGAAACAUUUAAAUGUAUUGAUUGUCUAUCGAGUGUUGCUCCCGCGUGUUUUAUUUGCAAUGAUCGUGAAAUUGAUCGUUUUCGAUGUUCGGCUGGUGCUUGUGGAAAAUAUUAUCAUACAAAAUGUCUCAAAACUUGGCCCCAGUCUCAAUGGCAAGGUGGACGAUUAAUAUGCCCGUAUCACAUGUGUCACACAUGUAACUCGGAUAAUCCACAAAAUGGACACACGGGAAAGACAAAUGAAAAAUUAGUAAGAUGCGUACGUUGUCCAUCGUCUUAUCAUACAUCGUCAUCAUGUUUGCCAGCUGGCUCUGAAAUUCUCACUGGCAAUCAAAUUAUUUGUCCAAAACAUUAUAAAUGUCGACAAGCGCCUCUAAAUGCAACAUGGUGUUUUCUUUGCACUAAAGGAGGUAGUCUCAUUUGUUGUGAAACAUGUCCCACUUCAUUUCAUCCCGAAUGUUUAGGUAUAAAAGCGCCGGACGAUGCAUUUAUGUGUGAGGACUGUGAAACAGGACGUUUACCAUUGUACGGAGAAAUUGUGUGGGUCAAGUUGGGUAGUUAUCGAUGGUGGCCAUCAAAAAUUUGUUUCCCCGACGAGGUACCAAUAAAUGUUGAUGCAUUAAAACAUGAAACGGGAGAAUUUUGUGUUAUGUUUCUUGGCACAAGAAAUUAUUAUUGGGUUCACAAAGGACGUGUUUUUCUCUAUCAAGAAGGCGAUGCAGUGGCAAAAAAUACGGGUAAAAAAAAUUCAAUGGACGGCGCAUUUAGACGUGCAAUUCAUGAGGCACAAAAAUAUUAUCAAAUUUUAAAAGAGCAAAAAGCACUUUCAACAUCGGUCAAGGAGUUGGAGAAAGUACCACUUAAACCACCGUUUUAUGUUAAAUUAAAGGUAAAUAAAGCAGUGGGAAAUGUAAAAGCCGCGGAAGUUGACAGUAUUGUUGCGUGCGCUUGUUCGCCAACAUCGGACAAUGCAUGCGCUCAAGAUUCGGAUUGUUUGAAUCGAAUGCUAUUAUUUGAAUGUAGUCAAGAAAUAUGUCCGGCUGGUGCAAAAUGUCAAAAUCAAUGUUUUGCACAACGAUUAUAUCCAGCAAUGGAACCAUUUCACACAGAAGGCAGAGGUUGGGGUUUAAGAGCAAUUGAGCGUAUAAAAGCAAAUCAAUUUGUCGUUGAGUAUGUCGGUGAAAUAAUUGAUGAAGCCGAAUAUAAACGACGAUUACAACGUAAAAAGGAAUUGAAAAAUGAAAAUUAUUAUUUUCUCACUAUUGACACUAAUCGUAUGAUUGACGCGGAACCAAAGGGGAAUCUCAGCCGAUUCAUGAAUCAUUCUUGCCAGCCAAAUUGUGAGACGCAAAAAUGGACAGUGAAUGGCGAUACGAGAAUUGGACUUUUUGCCGUGCGUGACAUUCAAGCGGGGGAAGAAUUAACGUUUAAUUAUAAUUUAGCAUGCGACGGCGAGGAAAAAAAACCAUGUUUAUGCGGCGCUUCAAAUUGCAGUGGCUUUAUUGGCUUGAAAGUCACCAAAAAACGAAAUAGUGCAAUUCAUGAGAAAAAAGUGGAGAAAAUGGAGAAACCAAAAAUUCCAAGAAAACCAAAGAAGGUGAUUUGCAGUAAUUGUCAAAAAGAAAUAGUACCUGGACAAGAAUUAAUAAAAUGCAAACAAAAAGGCUGUUCAAAGAAAUAUCAUAAAAAUUGUAUCACACAAACAAAUGUCGAUGGAAAAUUUAUUUGUCCAUUGCAUUUAUGUUUUCAAUGUGGCACAACAACAACGGUUCAUUGUUCUGUGUGUAAAAUCGCCUUUUGUCAAGUUCAUCUAAAUGAUAAUAUGAUCGAAACAAAUGGAUCUUUUGUAUGUAAAAAUCAUAAAAAUGGCCUAAGUCUUGUAAAAUCAUCAUUUGAAAAUGGAAAAGAAAAAUUAUUAUUAAUAGACAAUUCGGAAUUGGAUAAAUGUUCAUUUACACCAUCAAGUAGUUCGAGUCCCAUAGUUACGAGUAAAACAAUGAAUUCAAAAAUUCAACAGGAACAACAGACGGCCCGUGUUUCAAUUGAAGAGGUUCAUCUAUGCUGUGAAGAAUAUGAGGAAACACUCACUGAAGAUACAGACGAUGCCGAAGAAUUGGAUAAUCAUGACGACAACAAUAAAUCAAAUUCAAUGCGACGACGAAGAUCACGAAGAAUUAGUCAAAAACUCGAUGCCCUUAAAUCUCUAAAUUCGGAACAAUUACUAGCAAUAAUUGGGGGUGGUGUUUAGAAAUUUAUUAUUAUUUUUUUUAAUUAUUUUUUUUUAUUAGUUUAAAGAGAGACAUUUCCGAAAACUAAAAAAAAAGAGAAAAAUCUUUGUAUAUUUUUUUAUAAAAUGAAAAAAUGUGUAAAAAAUUAAGGAAUUUUUUUCUUUUUUUUUUAAUAAUACAUUUCUUGUUAUUAUUCUUCGGGGAAAAAAGAAAAAAAUGGUUUAUAAAAAAGGAAACUAAAAAUAUGAGCCGCGCAUAAAAUUUGUACGGCCGUACAAAUUUUAUCGUCCUUUUACCUUCCGGCGGCUCACAUAUUCAUGAAAUGAAAAAAAAAUUUGUACAAAUAAGGAAAAAAAGUUAUUUCAGAAAUGUCUCCUUUAAUUUGAUUAUAUUAUUAUAGUUAUUAUACACAUAGAAGUUUUUUUAAAAAAGAAAGAAAAUGUCCAAUUUUCUCUCUUUGGAAAGAGAAAAUUUUUUUUCGUUUUUAUUUCGAAACUGAAAAUCUAAUAAAAUAUUUGAAGAAUUUGUUUUUUAUGAACUUUUUUUUGGACAAUGACUUUUUUUGUAAACAAUGAGCGUGAAAUGAAUUAUUCACUUGUUUCCCUUUUGCAUAAUUUUUUUUUUGAUUUUCACAUUCAAUGAAAAUGAAAAAAAAGAAAUAAUGAACUUGUAUAUUUGCCAAAGUAUUUUACACAUCCAUAAGCAAAUGUCAAUUCUUGUAAAUUGCUUCAUUUCUACGUUUUAAGAAAAAAGAAAGAGAAAACAAAGAGUGUAAAAAUGGAACAAAAAAUGAUUGUGAAUGAUAUUUGGCAACAAUUUUUAAAAAAUUGACAGCCAAUUAUUUUGUUUGUAUUUUUUUUUUUUUUUGAUAAGAAAAAAAGACGUUUAAAUUUGUUAAAUUUAAGGAAUAUUAUUUUUAAGUCGUCUUUGUACAAUAAAAAAAAGAAAGAGUGAGAAGAAAAUUUUUGUGAUUCUUUAUUAAUCGACGACGAAUAUCAUGUAAUGAUUUAAAUACUGAAUAAAUUAUUGAAAUUCAGAAAAUAAAAAUAA